UUUGACUUUAUGAUAAUCAAAAAUAAUGAUUAAUUUAAUAAAUCAAAAAUUCUUGUCAAUUUUUUUAACCUUACUAAAGUGACAUCUCGAAAAAAUUGAUUAAUUUUAUUGUUCUGAACUAUUCAUUAAUAAAAAUGCACUUCAAAAAUGAAUAUCGUAGAUCUAUAGAUGAAUACAAACCUGCUAUACCAAUAAAAAGAAAAAUGGGACUUUAUUGGAUCUUGGUUGUUAUAAGAAUUAUUCUAACAUUUAUUCCUCAAACAGGAUACAUUCAUCCUGAUGAAUAUUUUCAAUCUAUUGAAGUUAUAUCUGGAGAUUAUUUUGACAUUGAUGUUAAUAAACCAUGGGAAUUUAAUUCAACUUUUCCUAUAAGAACUGUUUUAAUAUCUCAAAUCAUAGUUGGUAUACCAUAUUCAAUUUUAAAAAAACUUUCACAAUAUACAGUUUUUUAUUUGGGUAUAUCCUUAAAAUCACCAUAUUUCCUUAUAUUAUUUCCACGUUUAUUAGUAUGUGGUUUAUCUUUUAUAUCAGAUUAUUGUUUGUAUAAAAUCUGUUAUAUAUAUGGACAAAAUUACAAAAUAAGACUGAUUAUUUAUGCCAGUUCCUAUGUUAUGCUUGUUUAUGCUACUCAUACAUUAUCAAAUACCAUUGAAUUAGUAUUAACAGCAUUAUUAUUAUAUUAUGCAUCAUAUUCUAUGGCACAUUCAGAAAAGGUAGUUAUUCAAAGUGACUAUUUAUCGGAUAAAUAUAGUAAAGCAAAAACUGGAAUAGAAAGAGUAAAAUACUAUAAACUUAAAGCUUCAUUGCCUCCUCAUUCUUUAAAUCAUUGUAUAAAAAUUGCAACAAUCACUGUAAUUGGUAUAUUUAAUAGGCCAACAUUUAUUGCAUUUGCCUUCAUUCCUAUCUUCUUUUGGUUACAAAGAGGUUUAGGUUCUAAAAGUGUAGGAUUUGGACAUUUCCAUGUCCGAAUACUCACUUUUAUUGCUUGUGGAAUACCUACUACUAUCUUUUUUAUUUUAAUCGAUAGUUUUUAUUUUGGCUACUUAACAAUGGCAGAAAUAGGUAAUCUUGACAUUAGCAUGAAUAACUUUGUCGUAACACCACUCAAUUUUCUCAGAUACAAUUCAAAUACUAAAAAUUUACAAGAUCAUGGUUUGCAUCCUUAUUAUUUACAUUUUAUAGUAAAUGUACCUCUUUUAUAUAAUGUUCUUGGAAUUAUUGGCCUUCUUACAUUUGGAAAAAUGUUAUAUAGUGGUUUAAAGGCACAAUGGUUAAAUUUGCCGCGGAUACAAAGUGUUGUUGGUUUAAUGACAACAUCUUUUAUUAUACCUAUUAUGUUGUUGUCAAUAUUUCCACAUCAAGAGCCUAGAUUUAUUAUACCAACAUUAUUACCUCUAACUUUUUUGUAUGCACCAAAUAUAAAUCAAACAUCAGGAGUUGAUACUAUUACUCGUAUUGCGGGAAAUAAUGAAAAUACUUUUACAACAGAAAGAAAUAAGUUGAAUAAACUACAGAUCUUAUGGUUUAUAUGUAAUAUUGCAUUAACAUUUUUUUAUGGAUUUGCUCAUCAAGGUGGAGUUUUACCCUUAUCAUCUCACAUAGCAACUGAAUUAAAAGCAAAACCAGAUCUUACACAUAUACAUCUAUUUACAUCACACACUUAUUCUAUACCAACAGCACUUCUACAUUUAAGAAAUACUAGAAAGACAUAUGUAAGUAGUGGAAAUCAUAAGUAUAAAUUGAUAAAAGAUUUUUAUCUUUAUGAACAAGGUUCAAAAUCUAUACAAGAUGUAUGUAAUGUUAUUGCUUUAAAACUUCAUGAAUGUGAAUAUAAAUAUGCUACUAAAAAAGUACCAUAUAGAUUAUAUUAUGCUCUUCCUGCUACGGAUUUGGAAGAGUUUAUUUUUAUUCAAAAUAAUAUAAAUUUAUUUGAUUAUCAUAUUGUACAUAAAUUUUAUCCACAUGUUACCAUUGAAAAAUUACCAUUUUCAAAAGUUACUAAGAAUAUUACGCGUUUUACUCAUUUCACUAUAUUUUCAGUAGAAAAAUUGACUGAAAUUAUGAAUAAUAUAUUGGAAACGUUUCAACAAUUCCAAUUAUUAUUAAUACGAAUUGAAUAUUGAUAGAUAAUAAAUAUAAAAGUG